UUUAAACGAAAAAACUAGAUUUUUGUGCUACAGGCCAUCUUCUUUAUAGAAAACAAAAAGCAUCGUUUAGUGAAACUUAUGAUGCAUUAUGAAGUAUCAAAGCUAUUCAGUAGGUUUCAAACUUACUGUCAUGGUCAGAGUUGGGCGAAUGUCACAGCAAUCAAUCGUAGACUCUUUAUCAGUAUUGAAUUUUUGCGGACGGUUAAAUCCGAAUAUUAAGCAAUUGUUUUUAAAUCGCGUCAACUUUCUCAAGGCUAAUCUUUUUUUGCGAGAGCCGCAUGUCAAGGGCCCUUCACCGAAAUCUAUGGCAAACUAUAGUAAUUUAACCGUGUCAUCGAACCGUUUUGAGCACAUGCACACUUUGCUUGAUCAAAUAGUGAAAACUAACAAUUGGUUAGUCGCGCUUUUUUGGAACAAUAAUGUAAUUUCAAUCCAGAGUGCUUAUUAAUAUGGCAAAGGUGUUAUCGUGGAUCUUUCUUCGCGAGGUAUUAUGGUCCUUUCAAUUUUAGCUCCAAGG